AUGCAUGGGGGCAUCCAACACGUCCCUGCAAGCGAAUUACAUGCUAUUGUAAAACCUUGGCCAUUCAGAGGAUGGGAUUUAGACGUAAUUGGGGAAAUAAAACCAGCUUCAUCGAAACAACAGAGGUAUAUUUUGGUCGGUAUCGAUUAUUUUACAAAGUGGGUCGAAGUGGUAGCUUUGAGAAACGUCGAUCAAGAAGCCGUGAUAGAUUUCAUACAAGAUCACAUUAUAUGUCGAUUUGGAAUACCAGAGACUAUCACAACCGACCAAGGAACGGUGUUCACUGGGAAGAAAAUGCAGGAGUUCGCCCAGGAGGUUGGCAUAAAGUUGUUGACGUCGACAUCAUACUACACCCAGGCGAAUGGUCAAGUCGAAGCUGCCAACAAGGUGAUAAUCAGCCUGAUUAAAAAGCAUGUAGGAAAAAGCCAAAAACUUGGCAUCAGUCUUUAA